UUCAUAAUUUCUGGUCAAUCUCUUUAUCUUUCCAGGUCACUGAAUUGGGAAAUGAUAGCGAAGGUAGAGUAGGCCCCUGCUAGCUGUCCCCCAGCAGAUUGUCCCAAGCAGCCAGGGAAACAAGAAGGCUGGGUGACGGUGAGGAGGAAGCAUGGUCUUAACUCAUUCACUGCCAGCCAUUUUCAAAUCAGGUAACUCCCCACUGCCAUUGACGACGUCAAUGGCAGUGAAUGAGUUAAACAGAAGCCCCAGGUACACAACCAACCUGUUCAUGUGUCUAACAGUUUUUCCCCAAAUUGCUGUCUUCUGAGUGGUGUCCAAAAAAAGACGCUGUGGGCUUCAUAGAUAAUUGGGAAACUUUCUGGAGGAAACCUGGUUUUGUUAGGAGAGACUGCAUCCAAUGCAUGCAACAAUUACUUCCUCCAUACCAUCAACAUGUUUUUUAUACCCCAUUCCUACAAAACUGCUCAAAGAAGUCCUGCCAUUAAUUAAUGCUUCAAUCUUAAAUAUGAUCAACCUAUCUCUAAUAAUCGGCUACAAUAAAUAUUGAUCAAAAUAGUCCAGAGUACAGCCUCUCCCUUUCUCAUAUUAAAAGGUGUGAAACAUUGCAUUGUAGCAGUUUGGCCAAAAAUGAAUCUGUUUUACCCCAAAAGGAAUUGUUACGUGUCUGCAUGUUUUCUUUCCCUCCUUUUGUUUGCCAUUUCCUGAGGUACACAGAUUGCAGGCUGGUGUCAAUUCGGGGAUCUCCAGCUAAUUAGAGGAAGGAGGCUUUGAUUGGACAAACCAGGAGUGCACACCUUGAUAAGGAGACUCACCUGUGGCUGGGUGUGGCUCUCUUCCUUAGAAUUGUUUGGCACAUGUGUAAAGCUCCUUUGGUGUAUUUCUUUUGUUUGAAGUUUGUGGUGGGAGUAAAGAGGACUAGCUAAGUCUGGGGACCCCAUACACUUACUCACGUAGACUCCUUUCUGUUAGAAACACUAGGUAAGUAGGUUGGUGCCACCCAUGUAAUUUUGAGCUUGUUUUGAGUUGAGGAUUAGGGUCUUUUCCCCCUGUUUUUGUUUUUCUAGGCUAAAAGCUCAGCUAAGUUUUGGGUUUAUUUGGCACAACCAAACUGUAUGAAUUUGGGUUAUUGUUCUUGUGAGAAAACUGCCAUUAAACUUUUUUUUCUUUAUUACACUUGUACCGAGUUGUUGAGGUACCCCCUCCUGCUCUCGAGGAGGCAUAACAGGAAUCAAUAAUAUGGUAACAAAGCUGUACAGAGCUAUUGUGUGUCAGAUGAUGUUCCUAUAUUUAAAGCCGGACUUUACAUAUUAGGAAAUAAAGUCGGUGAAUAAAAUUCAAAUAUAGUUUAUCCCAGAAGAAUAACAGACAAAACACUAAAUGGAAAUGAUGCCCGUUUACUCUUAGAUGAGAACAUCAGUGUCCAAUUUUGUGCACAUUUUAUACUUUGAGAUGUUAACUACAUACAUAGAAACGUUUUGAGUCACACCUUUUAAUCUUUUAAUAUAGAUGUAUAAAAAUAAGAACUUAGCCAUACAGUCUACCUUUCAAAUAUUACUGAAAGACUGAGUUAUUCUAAAGAGCGCUCUGGAUUCAGUGUGGUGCUGUAAUAGGAUGCCACUCUUUCAACAAGUAACAACAAGAUAUCCCACUUGUUGUUGGAUAUCUAGUAAGGAAGAAAGUUCAGUCUGCUAUAAGUGUUAUUGCAAAGUGGCAGACCACUGCAUAAAUCUUUCCACUGCUUUGCUGACUCCUUAAUUGCAGAGCUCCAAAUGUCCUCUGGUAUUAACAUCAGUACAAAAACUAUUAACCUAUACCAUGAAGCUCAAGGUAUUCUUAGCUAAGCAGCUCCUAUAGGUGGCCCAGUACUUUUGUCCAUGUAGUGCAUCUCAAAGACUAUAAAGAGGACCCAAAAGAAAUUGUUGAAGGACUGGGUGCUACCCUGUAAGCUGCUUCAUGUGGUGUUUGAGGUAUGAGGGGUUUAUACAUCCCUCCUGCCUUUAAAGCACAUAAGAAGAGGAAAGGAUUAUUAGGAUUACUGUAAUUUAGAUUAGUUGAUUACAUGAAAUCCACCUAAUUUUUUGCCUAAUACCUAACUGACCAUCAGCAGUAUCAUUGGAAACCUGCAGGUAUGUGUGACCUGUGCUACUUUUUAUUAUCCUUUAGGGCACUGCUGGCAACAGAGAGACAGAAGUUACUCAGUAGUCAGUUGCUGUUAUUAUUUAUAGGAACUACCUUGUAAACACACUCUUCCACAUAUGAAGGGAUAUUCACCCUCCCUAGUUGUUGAAACUCAACUUGGUCUCUACGCACAACAUAUAAUGCGCUUAUAUUUAUCAUACAAACAUAAAGGAUGUGAUAUGAAAAUACAACUACUUAGUUCAAUAUCUUUUUUAAGUGUUUACAGUAGUCUGCUAGUGUGCAGUUUUCAAUAUUUAACUUGGCUGGUGGUACUGUAUUAUGUAAAUAGUCAUUCCCUGGUUGAAACUAAGGUGUGGUUCAAACAGGUUACAUAAUGUGGUGAGCAUACUUUGUACUGCUCAGGUCAAAUCAGUCCAACCAGUACCUUAUUUUCUCAUUUCAAUGGCACUUGGUCUAGCUUUCUUUGGAACUGAGUUCAUUCUACUUUUUUUGUUGCAAGUUGUUUGGCCACAACUUACAAGCAUAUUGACACAACAAGGAACUUGUCACACAUCCAUAAACAUAUAAUUAAUGUGAUCUGUAUUUACUACACUCAACGUGUUUUCUGUCUUUUUCUGUUAUCUGCUCAGAUGCUCACUAACUCACCUGGGCUUCUACAGCAUAAUAGCCAUACAACAACAGAAGGGCCACAGGUGUAAACUACUUCAGUACUGUGCUAAAAUUAGGCCUACUCCAUUAGAAAAAAUGUUCAUUCAUUUUGGUGCUUCUUUUGAUCCCUGAGCUUUUAACAAGCAUUUUUAACAAUUGGACAGAACAUGAAACCCUCAUAUUUUGUGUAUUUCCCCCCCUAAAUAUUCAGUUAAUGCUCUCUGGACUUUGGAAGUAUUUUUGUGUGUCUCUGCAUUAUUAUACCUACAUUAUAAUCAAUCCACUACUUUUUGGCUACUUGAUAUAUCUUUUUAGAACUGUGAUAUUAAAUUUGUUGCAAUUUAUGCUGCUUUUGAAAAACACAUUUUUAAUGUCACCGGCCUGACACCGACGUACCCGGAUGAACAAAAAGCGACUUUGCCAAAAAAUGACUGCGGGAUCGCCUUGUUACAGGAAUGUUCUUUCUGGCUCAAAAUGACUUGAUAUCAUUUAUGAGAGAUGUGUUUGACAGAUUAUAGACCAACAAGUCAUUUAUAACAGGCCUGUCAUCAUUUUUUUUUCCAAACACAUACCGGAAAUCCCUUUUUGGCAGGGUUUCUCCAAAAACGAAACUGUGAGCAGCACACCGUGCAAACAACAUAUCGCACACAGGCGGCACUGCUUUCUUUGUUCCUCUAUUAGCCUGCAUUCUGGAGCAGAGAAAAGACUCUGUCGGUACUUCGCCAAGAUUGCUGAAGGCUGACGGCGGCCAUCCUAUUUAACAUGGAAGCGAUACCUGCAGCAAACGAUGAUGGAAUGUGAUAAGUAAAAACCAAUACUGAUGUGUGACAAAACAAGAAAGGAAAUCAUGGCUGACACACCUCAGCAGUCACCCAAGAAUUGGACUGAAUCUGAAGUAAGCACCUGGCUAAGAUCAAUUGGAGUGAAGGAACAGUACAUAGAAAAGCUCCAUGAAGAAGAAGUAAAUGGACAAAUCCUACUUGCACUAAAUGAGGACUUUCUAAAAACAAAAAUCUACAUGAAGUCAGGGCCUGCUCAUUUGAUUAUUCAGAGAAGAGAUGAGCUUAUCAACUCUCAGCAAAAAUGUCAAGAAAAGAAAAAAACUACUGGUUCCAAAAGAACUGAGUUUGAGGAAAAGAGGAGUCAGAAAUUGGUUCAGUCUCUUUCAACAGUAAGUGAUGGUCCUCCAGCACAAACUACAGAGACAGAACAAGAUGUCUUUGAGGAGAACCACGCUUCUCAGGAACAAUGUGUGUUAAUCUCAAAGGAAGACUGUAAACCAAGGCCAUUUGAUCAAGAAGGGAUUGAUUUUUUAUAUGUGAAACACAGAAUCCUGCAGCCUGAAUCAGGUGCUUUUAAUCUGAUAUCGCCAUGCCACGAAUUUAAGUCUUUUGCUGUAGCUGCUACAUUGGAUCGCACAAGACUCCAAGCUAAGUUUGCCAAAGAGGUUCUUAAAUUUGCAGCUGGUUGUAUGAAUAUCAGAUCAAAUGGCACAAUACACUUUGGUGUGAUGGACAGCAAGGAGGAUGGAGAAUAUGUGCACGGCGAGAUAACUGGUAUCCCUGUAACAGACAAAGAUAUUUAUGUCGAUGCUUUGGACUACAUUGAAAGGAGUUUCUCCUCUGACAAAGAGCACAUACGCCAGUGUGUGCGACCGCCAAGGUUCAUUGAGGUUAUAGAUCGACAAAGUACAGAAAAGCGAUAUGUGGUAGAGGUUGACAUUGUGCCAUUAAUAAGUAUUGUCAAGAACAAAGUGUAUGCAGUCCGUCUGCCAAACUUCAAAGAAUCAACAAACAAAGUAGAGUUUGAGAAAGAGAUGAUUUUGCAAAGAGUGGGUUCAAAAACGGAGCCAGUGAGUGACAAGGACCUAAGUGACUUUUACCAAAGAGUCAAAGAUCGUGAUGCUCAAAGAGAAGAAGCAGAAAAAAAUCAUUUCCUUAUUGCUCCAGAAGUGUGUCAAGACCUUGGAAGAAAACUCACCAUGCUGAUGACCAGUGGUAAGAAAUUCAUUGAAAAGGAAAAAUGGUUCAUACUCGUAACAAACAAAUUCAAACCUGAUGACCUUUGUAACAUUGACUGGCUGAUUAACAUGAAUAUUUUCUGCGUGUUUGACUUUGACCCAGACUCAAAGAUAUCAGGUCUUUGCAGUAGAUACCUUGAGUACCGUGCUGCAAACAUGCAUUUUUUGCAAAGCUACAGAAUAUCCACUGGCACAAGCAUCAAAGAAUUCACAAACCACCUGCAUUUAUUUGAUCAAACUAGUUGGAUCUUUUGCAAUGGCCAUACUGACUUCAAAGGAAAUGAAACUUCAUGUGACGAAAUGACUUGGAUCAAGACAAAAAUGACUUUACUCCGAGAGUCUGUGUCUUUGAUCUGUAAACAGAUUUUGCCAAAAGGUACAUUCCAGGUCAUAUUCCUAUUAACAUCACCAGUUGAGAAACCACUCUUGCACACCUUCUAUGAGUUUUUCACAGACAUGGAAGGCCAUGAAGACAUCAUCUGCAUCUGUGAAUCAGAGGAAAACUUCCAUAAGUGGCAAAGCUUUGCAGAGGGUUCAUGUGGGAAAGAAGCUGUAAACAAUUCCAGUGUUGUUGGAAUGAAAAUGAGCCACAUUAAUGCAACUCUGCAACAUAUACAACCUAUGAAAGUGUGUUUCACCAAACACUUGCCGGUCUUUGUGAAAGGAACAUGUCGUCUUGAAACACAAGUAGAGGAACAGAUGUACUCAUUGGAGAUUCUAACGGUCAAUCAUUGCAAUGAAACAUGCAAAGAAUUCAUCAAUGAGAAAAAAGAAAACAUUGAGCGCCAGUUCUACCAUGGUGGGAGAGUGACCUGGUUGAAUUUCUGGCUUGCUGAGAACAAAUAUGCUGGAGAGGUCAUUGAAAGAGAUGCUUAUCACGAGACUUCCAAACUUCUCAACGAUGCCUUGAAAUAUAAUGCAGACCAGACUCCAGUGAAUAUCAUAAACAUCUACCAUCACCCAGGAAGUGGUGGAAGCACUGUGGCAAGACAAGUGCUGUGGAACAACAGAAAAAGUCUAAGGUGUGCGGUUGUGAAGCCCUCAUAUCCAGUUUCUGUUGUUGCACAACAUGCAGUUGAACUAAGAGAAUAUGAAGAAAAGGAUCCACAGAGAUGUCUUCCUGUGCUGCUCCUCACUGAAGACUCAGACAAAGAAUAUCUAGAUGAUCUCAGGAAUGAAUUAGAAGUUGCAGUUAAUGUUAAACAAAUCCAGUAUGGCACCCUGUGUUUCAUUUUGUUGAGCUGCAGACGCUCCCAUGAUCCAGAGAGAAGAUGCAAGGAGUCUCCUUUACAGAAUGUGUCUGUCACUCAUAAACUGUCUGAUCAAGAGAAGAGAAAGUUUUCUGGAAAACGGCAGGCACUCGAGGAAAGAUAUGAACCUCAAUUCAUUCUGACAUUUGUUUUGAUGAGUGAAGGAUUCAGUGAGGUUUACGUUCAUCAGUUUGUGAAACAUCUGCUCCAAGACAUUGACCGUCACUCUGUUGUCACUCGACUCAUUCACUAUGUAGCAUUGCUGAACACAAAUGUUCAAAACUCUUUCAUCUCUCAAUCGCACUGUGAAGCUUUGCUUGCCUUAACGAUCCACUUGGAGAGGUUUCGCCACUACGAGUUUGAGAGCUCUCUAAGUGAUCAGGCUAAGCUAGUCUUCUUGCACCUUCGAGAUGACAAGACGCACAUUGAAUCAAUCAGAAUCAUCCACCCACUUGUUGCAAAAGAAAUUCUUCAACAACUUCUGGGACCCCAACAAACUCAAAGCAGUUUGGCGAUGGAUUUGCUCCACGAGGAUGUGCUCUUUGAGCACAGAUUUGGAAGAGAUGAGUAUCUCACAUUUUUGAGACAACUUUUCAUUCGGAGAUCCAGGAUAAGCAAAGGAGAUAAAUAUGAUAGCUUUUUCUCUCCUUUCAUUGAGCAUGUGUGUGAAAAUGAGAAAAGCCCAGACAAAGCAAUUGAGUUGCUCAAGGAAGCAUUCGAGCGUUUCCAUAAUGAUCCAUUCUUUGCACAACAACUUGCUCGUCUUCAUUAUACUUAUGAAAAGUUUGAAGAGGCUAAACACUGGGCAGAGACAGCAGCUAAACAGCUGCCCAACAACUCUUAUAUACUUGACACAAAGGGACAGGUAUAUAAGAAAUGGUUCCAAGCAAAAUGUAAAGCAAUUGAAAAUGUACCAAAGACGGUGCAAAACACAGCAGAUGCUGUGGAAACUGCACUGAAAGCACUUGAGUGUUUUCAAGAAUGUGAGAGAGCAGCUGAUGCUGAUAUGGAAAAUGUCAACACUUCAGGAUUUUUUCACGAAGUUGAGGUUGGGUGCAGCCUGCUCAAACUGAUUUCUUCAUUACAAGUGUUUGCAAACAGAUCCAAUGGCCAUGCAGAAUGUAUGAAGUACCUGUUAACUGAUUACAUCCCAGAGGAAGUUGAAGAUGUUUGGGAACCAUUCCAUAACCGUUUGAAAAAACUUCACAAGACAAUGCAGGAUGCAUUGGAGUGGAUUUCAGAGGACCUGAGUUACUUCCAGACAGACAUUGGUGCAGAUGAAGAAGAAACACCUGAAAGUCCCGAGGAGAAAAUAAGCCAUCCACUGACAUGGCUGGCAAAAAAAUCCUCUGAGUAUGGAAAGUACUUCAGUGAAGCGUAUUCCACUGCAGUCCUACAGCAUGGUAAAUCAAUCCCAGCCAACCUCACUCCUUUCCAAAAACGCAUGAUCAUCUAUCAUCUUGGUGGCGGCAAUAUAACAUCCAUCCUUUCCAAGAUAACUGAUCAGAGGGAUGCAGUAAAACUUCUAGAGCAUAUAAUUUCUCUCUACCCCAGUAAUCCAUUAAAAGCCAAAUUCGGUCAAAGGGACAUUGUCAAUUACAUUGUGGCCCAUAUUUCUCUGAACUGCCUGUCACCGCAAACUCACAAGGUAGCUCAUUUGAAAGAUCUACAAGCACUUUGUUGUCAGUUUCCAUCUGAUAAAAGGAAAUGUUUGCCAAGUGCCCUGUUCUUGCUUACAUUGCUAUUCUGGCCAGAGGAUGACGACACAGAGCAUGAGAAAGAAACCAAAUAUGAAAUUGUACAAUCAGCAGUUGAACACCUUGAAAAGGGUUACUGGAGCAAGAUGAAAGACAUUCCUCAGCGGAAGAGAAGGAUUUAUAGCCAUUUUUUUCUGGGCAAUGGGAAUGGAUUGGACAAGUUUGUCCACAAGAAAAAGUUUGAAAGAAUCACCAAGUGGUUCUCAGUCAAUGAGAAACGCAUGAAGUGGUUUAGUGGUGAGGCAUGGAAGAUGCCAGAGAUUGCCACAAUGCUGAAGCGGGUUUCUGGGUGGACUGAAGAUCGUGUGGUUUAUCUUGAAGGUCCUAAGAAAAAGAAGUUCAAUAUCCUGCCUCUCUAUGUACCUUCAGUGCCUCAUAGUAAUGAAAACAUCACCUUCUACCUGGGGUUCACCUUUAGAGGCCCUGUUGCCUGCAACAUCCUUGUGAAAAAGUAGUUGGUUGUCAACUUGCUGAAGCGUGGGCCUAGAAUCCAACUUACUCCAAAGGGAAAGAAAAGAUUGUGGAUGAUGACUGAAAAACCCACAAGCUUUGGACUGUUAGUCAGUUGGUCAAAAAACAAAACUUAAAACAUGAUUAUAUUCGUGAAGGUAUUUAAGGUUCUUAAAAAUACAACUGAACUUGCUUUGUUAUAAUAUUGGCCUCACCUAGAAAGCACUUUGGGGUCAUUUCAGCUUAAAAUUGUUCUUUUUAAGUGUACUAUAUAAAGGGAAAAAAAUUAUAUAUUUACUCUGAAUUUACAAAUUAAUACAAAUGUAUUCCUUAGCUUGUUAAAUGUAAUUUUUUAGGGUUCUGGUUGUUUUUGAAUUCCUCUGUUUUCCUGUUUGUACUUCUAGUUUAGAAGGACUGAAGUUCAUACUUGGCUGACAAUUUGUACACUGAUUUUACAAGCUGUCUUAUACAUGUUUAUGUAAGCAAACCUAACGUGCAACCAUUCAGAAUGCAUAGCAAUAUCAAUGGUUGUCAAAUUGUGUUCCAUUUUACAUUAUAAGUGUUCUUAAAAUAUGUAAAGAAAAAAAGAAAAAUUUAAUACAUUAAACUCUUUUUCCAUUUAUGAUUUUCUGUUGUUGAUUCUUUGACAUUUCUUCUCAAUUUGAUAUCUCCACUCCAGCUUAAAAUAAAAUUAUGAUUUAACAUUGGAACAACUGUCAGCUUUUAAUGCAGACUUAACUGGAAGAUGAACUUCCAUUACAUCAGAGGGUGUGGGACUGAUAAUUCAUGAAGUAUGUGAAAAGUUUUGUCUAUUGCAUGAUGCAUAAAUGCAAAAGUAACAUGAAGAACUGUGCACCUUUGAGUUAACUAUCUUAGAAAAAAUGUGGGUCCUGAAGGAAAUCAGAAUGGGAAAAAUGGAAGUUAGAAGCUGUUAAUGUA